AUGUCGGCAUCGUGGAGCCAAGUCACACACAAGUUCCCACCUCGGGCAAAGGGCUGCUACUUGGUGACUAAUGAAGUCACCCGUGCUAUUGACAGCGAACUAGCCAAGUACGAAGUUGGCAUGGCCAACCUAUUCCUCCAGCACACCAGUGCGUCCAUAUGCCUGGGCGAGAACUUUUGUGACGAGGUGCGGGAUGAUAUGUUAAUGGCUUUGGACACAAUCGUACCCGAGUCGCUGCCGUACACGCACACUGACGAGGGACCAGAUGACAUGCCUGGUCAUGUCAAGUCAGCCCUUGUUGGCGUGUCGUUGGACAUUCCGAUCAGAAACGGCAGGCUGGCACUGGGGACCUGGCAGGGAAUAUACCUCAUAGAGCAUAGGACAUACAGGCAUUCGCGCCAAGUUGUGGUUACUAUCCAGGGCCAAAAAAAGGCAGGGCGCUAG